AUGUUUCAUGUAUUUUUCGCUGUUCACCUUUUUUCACAACAUUAUGCUGACUUUUUAUUAGAUGUUUCCAAGGUUUCCGUGUCAAAAUUUGCUGCUAUUUUCGGUCCUAACCAUUUGGUGUACGACAUACACCUCUUCUCCCAUUUAUUCAAUUUCGUCAAGCUUCAUGGUUGCUUGGAUCGUUUUUCCUGUUUUCCCCAUGAAUCGGAGCUGGGGCAGUUGAAGCAUUACAUACAUGGGCCAAAACUACCGGCUGUUCAGCUUUACCGCCGACUGGCCGAGCGUGUGGGACUGGAUGCUGUCGAAAGGAAGAUAUUUUUGGAUGAUGUUGGUUUGCGACUGAGGCCAUCAGCCACUGCCGGAUGUCACAGGUUUAUUCAAAGGGAUGUCUUUUUUCGGAAAAUCUUUCCCGACAACUGCAUUUUGCUUGAUGGUCAACCAGUUGUCAUUGUAGAUUUUUCUGGAGAUACUAUUGAGUACCAGAAAUUCAAAACUGUAUUCCCGUUUUACACUCACGUAUUGAUAUCGACAGACCUUUUAGUUUUUCAAUGCUCCGACUUGCAACACACUCGGCCCUUUGCAUCGGUCAACCAAAUAUCCCGUAAAUGCUUAAGUUUAUCUUGCAGAGACACUCGUAUAUAUUUCCCCAUUUUACAUACCCUUAUCGAUUACAUUCUUUGUACCAACUUACUGAGGGGUACUCUACCAAAAUAUCCACUCAAGUCGUGCACGUACGAAGUGUAUCGGCAGUGCAAAACUUUUCCGGAUGCACUGAGUGCCCAGAAGGAAGCCCUUGACUCAGGGCAUACCGCCUCUGCGGAGCCAAACGAUGAACGGCUCGUACGUCAAUCCAGGCGCAAACAAAAUGUUUAUCAAUCGUAUUACGAUGGUUGCAGUACAAAGAAACGGCUGCCGUCUGAUUUUACAAACGGGUCGGAUCGUGAUUCCAGUGGUGACAUCACUUUGUUUGCAAGCAUAGUCAUAAGCCCACCAACUCCAAAAAGGCUAUGUACCAAACCGACUGCCACGAUUAGUAGUAUCAUUCCUGUUCAAGACGCGUCACCCGUCCCUCGUGAUGCCCCGAUGUUACGUGGAACGUACGUUUUAUUUCAUUACCACCAUCUAGAAUCUAUCAGCAGUUCCACGUAUACAACACUUCCCGCCGUGGACGAUCCAGAACCACGCAGUUUUACCCCGAUCCUCAGAACUAACUCUUCAAAUUCAAAGGCCAGCGUAAUUUCCCCGGACAUGGCCAACCUCAUUCUCAAUGAAGAAUCUAGAGAGGAAAUACUAGUUACUCCAGAGACUGCAUAUGAAGCUGGAUGCUUUAGUACCCACAGGCAGUUCUCAGACACUCGACGAGCCCCCUCUUCCGUAGUCAUCCAUGGACGAACUCCGAAAGUAUGA